CAAGUAUUUAUAAAGGAGCUUCAAGAUAGAAAUGUCUACAUUAUGGAUUCGGCUGUUCUUACAUGUAAACUCAAAAUUCCCGCGCAUAAAAAUGUCAUUUGGUUGAAAGAUUCCAAGCCGGUCGACACAACAGAUAAUUUGAUGUUAUUUAGCAACAACUGUACAAACUGGUUAGCGAUUGAACACACGACAAUGGAUGAUACGGGCCGAUAUGCGUGUCAAUGUGGCAGUAUCUCAACGUCAGCCGAACUUACUGUUAUAGAUGAAAAGUUGAUUGUUGUCGUUGAUUUGCCCAUCAAAUUAGAAGUUGUAGAGAGAAAAAACAUUAAAAUGGAGUGUAAAGUGAACUUGCUUACUGGCAAACCUGUUUGGCGACACAAUGAGAAAGUAUUACAUUCGUCCGAUAAAUACAGUAUACUGCAAAAUGGAAAACUACACACUCUAACGGUAACUGACGCAACAUUUCAAGAUGAGGGUGAUUACACAGCUGACUUCGGAAAAGUAUAUACCAAAACUACAGUUCAUGUUCAAGGUAAUACAGAUCUAUUACACAAAAAACAAUUAAUAGGCGUUUUGUACAGAAAUUGGGUAAGAGGGGCUCUAGCACUGAAGUAUCUCAAAAUAGGUUUAGAGGCAUUUUCCGACAAUGCUAUAAGGAGUCAUUCCUUUGAUAUUAUGGCAACACUUGGGUACAAAUGCAAUACUUGUACAGAGGAAAGUCUUAUUCCUCACAUAGAAAAACAAUGUCCACGCCAAAAGAAAAGACAAUGCCUUUGUUCAAAGAAUAAGAAACAAAAAUCGAGGCAGGUGUGUCCGAAUGGAGGAUUUUGUGGCAAAGUUUAUGAUCGAAUUGUUUUAGAUCAUCGUUUCCAAGAUCCAUUAUUGGCGAAUACGGAUAUUCAGAAGUGGAGCAGUGAUCCAUGGAGUCUUGCUACAUGCUUUAUAAAUACGUCUGGCUACAUAGGCAAACAGUCGGCUAAAGAGGUUGACUGUAUUGGUUUACUAAGUUUGUGUAUAAACAACAUUUUUAUAGAACAGAUGCUUGGAGAAGUUUCCAUAAAUGGCACGUCAGAUGCGUUUUCUAUGGCACGUGAUGCACGAAAUGAUAUUCUUCACAACCCAAAUUAUGAGUUGUCCGAAGAUCAACUUUACAAGUAUGUUAAGCUGUUCAAGGAGGUACUGGAAAUAAAGAACAGACAUGGAAAUACACCUUUGAAAGAGGAACCUGGCGUUGAAGAUGCAUUAUAUUUACUGGAUAAGGUGAGACAAAAUCAGAUCGAAAUAAACCUUGAACAUGAGAUAAAGCAGCUAAAAGAACAUGGAAUGCAUUUAUUAAAUGAGACAUGUCAGAAAGCAAAAGCACAGCAUGAACUGAAACUUCAAAAGAUAGAAAAACAGAUAAAAGAAGAACAAGCGGUAUCUAAUUCAAACCAGGGCUUGCAAAGACAUAGUUCAACACCCGAUUUUGCGGCAAUGCAUUUCAGUUCAACUUCUGUUGAGAAUCAGGAACAUGUAAAGUAUUUAGAAGGACGUGUUAAAAAUCUAGAAGAAGAAUUGCAUAAACUCAAAACUCUGCAAAGUGAACCAUCAGAAAUUCAAGCUGCGCCUAAUGUUAACCAUGAAACUCCAAGACAGCUUUCAAUUUCUGACACAAAUGUGUUGACUGAAGAACUAGGAGACAACAUGAAUGUUCAAAAAUAUUUUCCUGAACUUGCUAGAUCUAUUGACACAUUGCCUCUCUGUGAUCACUUAUAUUCUAAAGGUAUCAUUACAUUAGGUCAAAUGGAUACAAUUCAAGCUCUCGUGAGACGUAAAAAUCAAAGUGCCGCCAACAAUGAAUUAUUAAAGAUCCUGAAAACAAGGAGUCCAGAAAAGCCUGUAAUGAUUGAAAUAUUGGAUGCUACUCAGCAACAAAAUUUGCUGAAAUGGUUUUACCCCCGACCGUAA